GAUGGUGUGAGGAUCGUCCUUUCAGGCCCAGUAUAUUUGGCACUAAGCAUGACUGUCCUGGUAAUGCCUCCCAUUUUUCUGUUGUCCUCCAGAAUCUGAUCUUGAGAGAGCUUUAGCCAGUGGUAAUCAAACUGGUGUUUCAUACAGACUGAUCCACCAGGGAUUCCUUUCCCUUUUAUUCCCUGAGAUUAUGCAAAUUUAUAUUAUUUAGUUUCUACUAUACAAGCACAUUCCAUCCAUCCCCCGGGUCCCACAGCUUUUUUUCCCUCCCAACAGGCCAUUAGAAACUUUUUAUUUCUUGCUUAAAAAUCUUUUCAGGCCAGGCUGUGGUGGCGCAUGCCUUUAAUCCCAGCACUUGGGAGGCAGAGGCAGGAGGAUUUCUGAGUUCUAGCCCAGCCUGGUCUACAGAAUGAGUUCCAGGACAGCCAGGGCUAUGCAGAGAAACCCUGUCUCGGGGGGUGGGGGUGGGGGUGGAUCUUUUCAGAGCCAGCAAAAUAGCUCAGAGUAAAAAUUUCUAUCAUCAAACCUGACAUCCUAACUUUGAUCCUUGAGACCCACAUUGCCAAAGGAGCCAGCUCCUGUGACAUGUCUGCUGACCACACACACUCUGUGAUGUGCAUACAUACAUAUAACGUGUGAUUUUAAAAGUCAUUUCCCAUUCAAGCAGAUCAGAUGUAGUUUUCCCUGGUUUGUCUGUACUAGACUUGUUACUAAGUGCCCCCAUCUAUAUGCUGAAUUAAUGGAUUUUCCCCAUUUUCUGUAUUAAAGGUCGGGGAGUCUCUUCUGCUUCUCUCCCUCUUUGCUUUCAAAGUUCUCCUAUGAACCUUAGGUUUUUGGAACUCAAGAGGACUAUAAGGAACUAGUUUGUACUCUUUUCCAUCUUGCUUGCUCUGAAAAAUAGCAAGCCAAUAUAUACAUCAUCUUCCAGUUUCUCACAUUUCCUGUCAAGUCAGAAACUAAUAUGGAAGGAAAUAUUUACUUAUCUUUGCCUCCUUGUAAUACCUCUUUACACGAACAAGUUCUUCUGAGCCUUGGCCAUGUCUUACUACCCACAGAGAAGACCACAGGACUGCCACCACAGCCCACUUACCAUCCCAUCAAACACGACAAUUUGAGGGGUGUAAUAUUUUCUAGCCCAUCAGCCAUUUUGGAGUGUCCCCAUACUUGUGGCAGACCCCAUUCAGCAAGGAGACAUGCUACCCUACAACAAAUGAGAUGACAGCUGGAUCACUCUGAAGUUUUCUCUCUCAAAAAUGCUGUUCUUUCAGAAUUCUGAGCUUUGAUUGCACUUCUUAUUCAUUGCAGGAAACAUGCAUCUGCCUGGACAGCAAGGUGGCACAAUAUUUCCUACCACACUGGGGCACAGUAAUCAUCCGGAUAGCCCUUGCCCCUGCAGAUGCUAUACUGAGACCAUUUCAGAAGUAUGUCUCGUCCCCAUAGUAGGGACAUGGAACCGCAUCUCCCAGCUAACUGUUGGGUUUGUGGGUUCCUGUUCAUAUGCCAAUUGCUUUGUUUGACUUUACUGGAAAGAUGUGAACAAACACUUAUUCAUCCCAGAUAGGGCAUACUGAAGGCCAAAGAAAGUCACUAACCACUGAGUUUAUUUGGUUUUAUAUAGGAGCAUAGUGACUCAAAAGCAGCUGCAUCACCGAAAAUCACUGUUUCUCCUUUAUUCAUCAGGUGAAUAAUUUAUAUACUUUCUCAAUUUUUAUACCCAUCUCUCUCUCUCUCUCUCUCUCUCUCUCUCUCUCUCUCUCUCUUUUCAGCGCUUGGAGUUCUGCUUGGCCUUGUUCCUGCUGGGCAAGCAUUCAAUAGCUAAGCUCUAUCCCAAGUCCUGCUGUCAUCUUUAAAAUAUGUUCUAGUCAAGUAUAAUGAACAUGCAGUAAACCCCACCUACUUAAAGUCUGUGAGUUAAAUGGAAUAUCGGGAGGCUCAGGUUGUGAUUCCUGACACAUUAUUGUUGUCCUUGGUCAUUUCCCAAAGAUCCCUGGUUCCUUUGUUUGCAACCAAGAGAAAUCAGCAUUUAGACUUUAUACUAGCUUCUGUUUUGGGGGUCCUUUUAGAAAUCAAUACUGGAAAAUAUAAAAUUAUUUUUUAAUCUGUUUUUCACCAUUGCCCAAAUUUUACCUGUAGUUCUUCCUCUAGUUCCAGAUUUCAUAUUCUCAUAGGAAGACUCUUCGGUUCCUAAUUAUAUGAAUACAUUAUUUUGACUAAUUUCAGAAUAAUUAUCCCCUGUGUACCAACAACAAACCUACUUAGGAAAGUUCAAAACUAUUUUUGCAAGUUGUUAAAGUUAAGCUUGAUGAGGAAAGGCUCUACAGUGACAGAAAGCAAAAACACUAAAUUACUUGGUUUCCUUAUAGAAAAAGCUGUUAGAAAAUCAUGCUGUAAUCUAGGCGUCCUGAGCCUUAAAUCCCAGCACUCAAACUGACUGAUCUUUGGAGUUCCACCCCAGCCUGGGAUACACAACGAAUCCCUGACUAACAAGGGCUACAUAGUGAGACACCGUCUAAAAAAACAAAAAUUAUCAUUUCUCUUUUGCUGGACUGUAACCUUGAGGAUUUGCUUUUUUCUUUGCUGUUACUCCAGAACCUUGGUUUUAGGAUAUGUCUGGCUUUGGAAUUACUCUAGGCAGGACCUUAACAACCUUGUGUACUUAAUGCAGGAGGGUCUGGGAGCAAGACGGUAGGAGUCUGUGACCCCAGGAUGAUGGACACUAUCCUGAAAGCUCUAGUCAGGACCAAACGGCCAAGCUGCAUAUGCAUUUUGUUUUGUUGUGUUUCUCAAAACAGUUUCUCUGUAUAAACAGCCCUGCCGGUCCUGGAACUCACUUUGUAGACCAUGCUGGCCUCCAUCUCAAGAGAUCCAUCUGCCUGCCUCGCCUCCUAGUGCUGGGAUUAAGCGUGCAUGACCACACUUGUCUACACGCAGGUUUCCACAAAAAAAGGAAUUUUGGAACAGGCUCUUACUAUAAUAAAUGAGGAUUCCAGAAGGAAACUAAAAGGGCCUUGUCCGAGGGCACGGUGAGGUAGUGCGGAGACAUCACAUUUCCGGUAACCUAACUUCCGUGUCUCUUUACAGACCAGCAGCACCAGGAGAGAAAAGCAAGUGCUACAUGUUGAUUGGCUGUUUUUCAGGCUCCUCCUCAUGGUGGAGACCUUUUGGGGACUUCUAGCGCCAACGGCCUUGUCCGCCCUGGAAUCCCGUCUUCCUAUUGGACUGCCAUUUUCCAAUCGGAGGGUUUCUAAUCCCUAGUUCUCAAACAGCAGGGGCCAUUGGCUGCAAUGAUGGGGGCGGUGCCUUAGGUCGCUGUGGGAGCCUUACAGGUUAAAGCAAAGGAACAAACAUAAACCAAGCAGCUGAGGGUCUUUGCGCAGGUUAGACUGUUCCCUCCUCACCCCCCUCCCCCCACCCUCCCUUCCCCCUCCCCGCUCGCACGGGUCAUCCUGCUCGAGACCCCCGCGCCCCUCCCAGUGGACGCCAAGUGCGCUUGCGCGGUAACAGCCGCCCGCACUUGUGCCAUUUCCCCCUUCUUCCGAGCCACCUUUCCCCCCUCCCGCCCUUCCCUAUCCUCUUCCCUGCCCUGCUUCCCUCCCUCCCCCCUAGGCCCUUCGUUGUGGUCUCCCCGGUCCUGAUCCUUCCCCUACCCCACCCCCAACCCCCAGGACCCUGGCGCCCCAGCCGCAGGUGCUGCGCCCCCGGGAGCCACGAUGUGCAUCCUCUCAGAACCUGUGGGCCUCCUUGCCCUCACUGCCCUCCGUUUCCUCCUCCCAGGCCCCCACAUCCCUCAGAAUGACGUUGGACGUGGGGCCGGAGGAUGAACUCCCUGACUGGGCUGCGGCCAAAGAGUUUUACCAGAAGUACGACCCUAAGGACAUCAUUGGCAGAGGAGUGAGCUCUGUGGUCCGCCGCUGUGUCCAUCGAGCUACCGGUGAUGAGUUCGCAGUGAAGAUCAUGGAGGUGUCAGCUGAGCGGCUGAGUCUUGAGCAGCUGGAGGAGGUGCGGGAUGCCACACGGCGAGAGAUGCACAUUCUUCGCCAGGUCGCUGGCCACCCCCAUAUCAUCACCCUCAUCGAUUCCUACGAGUCUUCUAGCUUCAUGUUCCUGGUGUUUGACCUGAUGCGGAAAGGAGAGCUGUUUGACUAUCUCACCGAGAAAGUGGCCCUCUCAGAAAAGGAAACCAGGUCCAUCAUGAGGUCUCUACUGGAAGCAGUGAGCUUUCUCCAUGCCAACAACAUUGUACAUCGAGACCUGAAGCCUGAGAAUAUUCUCCUAGAUGACAAUAUGCAGAUACGCCUUUCAGAUUUUGGGUUCUCCUGCCAUUUGGAAGCUGGCGAGAAGCUUCGAGAACUGUGCGGGACUCCAGGGUAUCUAGCACCAGAGAUCCUUAAAUGCUCCAUGGAUGAAACCCACCCAGGCUAUGGCAAGGAAGUUGAUCUCUGGGCUUGUGGGGUGAUCCUGUUCACACUUCUGGCUGGCUCACCACCAUUCUGGCACCGGCGCCAAAUCCUGAUGCUACGCAUGAUCAUGGAAGGCCAAUAUCAGUUUACUUCACCUGAGUGGGAUGAUCGUUCAAACACCGUCAAAGACCUGAUCUCCAAGCUGCUGCAGGUGGAUCCUGAAGCGCGCCUGACAGCUGAGCAAGCCCUGCAGCACCCCUUCUUUGAGCGCUGUGAAGGCAGCCAACCUUGGAACCUCACGCCUCGCCAGCGGUUCCGGGUGGCAGUGUGGACAAUACUGGCUGCCGGACGAGUGGCCUUAAGCAGUCACCGUUUACGGCCACUAACUAAGAAUGCACUAUUGAGAGACCCCUAUGCACUGCGGCCAGUACGGCGCCUCAUCGACAACUGUGCCUUCCGGCUCUAUGGGCACUGGGUAAAGAAGGGUGAGCAGCAGAACCGGGCAGCCCUCUUCCAGCACCAGCCUCCUAGGCUGUUCCCCAUUGCUGCCACUGAACUCGAAGGAGACUCCGGUGCCAUCACAGAGGAUGAGGCUACACUGGUACGGAGCUAGGGCCGUAUCCCUGGGCAAGCCAGAAAGAAGGACUCUCCAGGAGGACAUUUUUUUUUCUAUCAUUCCAACUGUUUGGGACUCAGACCUUAGCCCUGCCUUGCCAAGCCUACAACUGAGAAUGCUGCUUGUCACAGAAACCAGCCCUUUACCCCUACUACUCUGGACUUGGAGAUCAGGGCAGAGAUGGAAGGGAGCCUCUUCGAGGGUUGUGCCUGGCCUAGCUAUCGCCACCUGCGCUGCAUCUGAAAUAAAACCUGCCACAAGCCUGGGAGAGCCAG